AUGGCGGCUUCCCCUGCCCUGGACCUGCAUCAGACGGUGCAGGCGGCACUGCGCGACCUGCUGAGCGUCGCCGACCUGAACCACGACGACAGCUGGGAGGUCAGCGCAAGCGCCCUGCCAGCGGCACCCGGUCCGCAAGCCGUCGCCUCAGCUCGAGCCAGCCGCACCUCGCAAGCCACGGCAGCCCCAGGCGCCAGCGCCUGCACCGUCUCCCAAGACCUGUCGCUCGCAGCAGAGGAGGAGGAGGAGGAGGUGCGGGAGGCAGACCUGCCGCCGCAGGCAGCCGCGCGCCUCUACCAGGCACGGCUGCGAGCGGCGCAGGCUGAGCUGGCGGGCCUCCAAGAUGCGGUCAAGGGCAGGGACUCCAAGCUGGGAGCACUGGAGAAGGAGGUGCAGCAGCUCAGGCGCUGCAGGGUGGAGAAGGCGGCCUGGCAGAAGCAGCACAAGGCGCUGGAGGCGGCGGCGGAGCGCAGCAAGCGGGCGGCGGAGGAGGCGCAGGGGCGGCUGUCCGAACAGGAGAAUGCGCUGAAGCAGGUCGGCCUGGAGCGGCGGGCGUCGCAGCAAGAGAGGCGGCAGACCGAGGCAGACAUCAAGGCCAGGGAGGGCCGGCUGGCGGCGGCGCUGGAGGAGGCGCAGCGCCUGCGCAAGCUGCUGGAGGAUUCCAAGGCCCAGGCGGCGGCACGGGGAGGCGUCAGCCGCGAGGAGCACGCCCGUGUGGUGGCAGAGAACAGCCAGCUGGCGGCGCAGAAGCAGGAGCUUGUGUCGGCCUUCAGGAAGGCGGGGCGGCUGAUCGAUGUACUGCGCCGCCAGAAGGUGCACCUGGAGGCAGCGGCGCUGCUGCGGGUGACCAGCCGGGAGCUGGCAGAGGCGCUGCAGCAGGGGCAGGCGGCGGGAGGGGCGGCACGAGGGGUGGCGGCCGGCCGGUAG